AUGGUAGGCGUUGAUAAUGAAGUUCUUAUUAUUGAGAAUAAUGAUGAGGCUUCUGUUUGGACUCAAAAGCAUGAAGAAAUUUUCAUUGAACUUAUGGAAGAAGAAGUCUUAAAGGGAAAUAAGAAUACCACAACCUUUACCAAGCAAUCAUGGAAAUAUAUAAAGGAGGAGCUUUGUGGACGAGCAAAAAGAAAUUAUAGUGAUAUGCAACUAAGGAACAAAUACAAUCAAUUAAAGCAAAAGCAUAAGGAUUUUAAGUCUUUACUGAAAGAGACUGGUAUGGGAUACAAUUUAGUGACUGUAGAAGUUAGUGCGACAGAUGAAGUUUGGGAUAAACUUAUUCGGGUUAACAAGUCUGCUAAAAGAUUUAGAAAGAGAGGUUGUAAGUUUUAUGAGAAAUUAUUCACUAUCUUUGGUGAUACUACUGCAACUGGUUCCAAUGCUCAUCCUUCAACUCGAAGUCCUUCUAAUGAUGAUGAUGCAACAUCGAUAAGUCCUUCUACUAUGAAUGAAGAAAGUGGUUUUGAUGAGGAUGGUAACAAAAGAAGAGGUAAAUCAACAGCCACUUCGAACUCUCGAUCAGUAAAAAGAGCAAAGUUCUCAUUAGCUUUGGCAAAUGCACUGGCAACAUAUAAUAAAACUGCAAAGCAAAAGACAGAAUUGAUAGAGAGAUCAAUGGCAACAUCUGCAUCACAUUACUUAUUGGAUGAGAGUGUUGAAGCUCUUAAUCAAAUUGAUGGAAUUAGUGGAGAAGAUAAAAUAUUUUUAAACGUUGCUCGGUUCAACAAGGAUAAUUUACUGGACGAUUCAGAUGAUGAGUUUGGAGAGAUUUUGCUAUAUUUUGCUUGCGAGGAAUAUAAUCAAUUAUAUCUAUCUAAGCAACCUUGUAGAAAUUCAGCUCUUUCAGGCCAUGAAUACGUUAUGGAAGUAUUGCACGGGCAUUGGAGUAGGUGUUAUGAUUUGUUCAGAAUGAACAAAGAUGUCUUCAAAUUAUUUUGUGGUGUUCUAAAAGAAAAAAAAUUAUUGAAGAACUCACGAUAUCUGUCUGUUGAAGAACAAGUGGCUAUGUUCUUAUUUGUGAUUGGCCAUAAUGAACGACAUUGUGUGGUUGCUGAACGAUUUCAGCACUCCAUCUCAACCACAUCACAUUAUUUUAGGAAGGUUUUGAAGGCAAUAUGUCAUCUAUCCAAAGAACUAAUUACUCCACCUUCAUUUGAUGUAACUCCUCCACAAAUUCGAUUCGAUCCAAGAUACUAUCCAUUUUUUAAGAAUUGUGUUGGAGCUAUAGAUGAGACUCAUAUUUCUGCCCAUGUUCCAAUUGAUGAACAAAUACCAUAUCGAGGUCGAAAAGUGGAUACAACUCAGAAUGUUAUGUGUGUAUGUUCAUUUGACAUGAAGUUCACAUACGUUGUUCCUGGAUGGGAAGGAUCAGCUAAUGAUGCACGGAUUCUUCAAGAAUGUGCCACAAACCCAGAUUACGGAUUUCCAAUGCCGCCCCAAGGAAAAUAUUAUCUUGUUGAUUCUGGCUAUACAAACAUGCCUGGUUUUCUUUCACCUUAUCGAGGAGAAAUGUAUCAUUUGGGCAAGUACACAGAUCUUAAUCCCAUAGGCAAAAAGAGCUCUUCAAUUAUCGACACUCUUACUUGAGAAAUGUCAUUGAGCGGUGUUUCGGCGCGUUGAAGGCUCGCUUUCCAA